AUGGCCUCUCGUCUUGCUAGGAGCGCGGUCGGUAUGUGCGAGCCCGCCGAUGAAAUUCUGAUGCCAUUGACCCCUCCCGUCCCCCCGCUGACCCGCAACCACAGGCGCCGCCCGUGUCCGCCCAUCGCUUCCUCUCCGCGCAUUCACGCCCUCCAUCGCCGCCCAAGCCCGCUACAACUCGAACUUGCCCCAGGAGGACCCCAAGAAAAAGGCCGAGUCUGUCCUGCAAGCCGUGCCCGUGCCUGGAACCAGUCCGCUCACCAAGGCCGCCGUCCUCUCUGCCGGUGCCGGUCUCAGCAUUGCGGCCAUUAG